AGAACCUACUACGAGUAGUUGUAUAUGGCAAUUCAACCGUUAAGCUCUGCCAAGUACAAGUAUAGUAAUUGAUGGACAGACUACUUACACCACUGAUCAGAUUAAGAUCCCCAGAUUCAAGUUCCCUUUCGUCACGUAUGGACCGAGGAUAUGCAAACCAUGCGGAGAACGGCUGACCCUCUUUCUUUGUCUAGUUCUCGUCGACGACUCAAAAAAGUACCUUAUUGUACGAGAAGUAGUGAGGGCCUUCUCCUCAUCGUGUGGGACGAUCUUGACAGCAGUAUCGAGCCUUUUGCCUCCAAUAUGUAUCCCGUCAUCAUCGGAGAAAGGUCGACUUUGGUCUCCGAUUCUCUAAAAGUCGCAUAGCAUUUCCCUGGUUUGUAAACGCAUUCUAGACGAAUCCACCUGAUGGGCCAUUCAUCAAAACAAAUAUAUACACGUUGAAGGAACAGAUCAAGAAAUAAACAUGGCAACAGCAGCAGCAACAUCACAAGAAGCCGUGGCCUUUAUAGGCCUCGGCGUCAUGGGUUACAACAUGGCAGUCAACCUACGUACGAAAAUGCCCAAGGAAAAGACUCUCGUUAUUUGUGACGUGUCUGAAGAAGCCCUUUCGAAAUUCCAAGAACAAACCGGCAAAUUUGGACCUGUGGUAGUAGCCAAGAAUGGAGCAGAGGCCAUUCAGAAAGCCGACACAAUACUCACAGUCUUACCCAAUGAUGCAGCUUGCGAGAGUGUAUGGCUCGACCCGGCAAAUGGCAUUCUCGCGGGUGUCAAGCAGUCGAACUCCAAAAACCCCAAAAUCGCCAUGGAAUGUGGUACGAUGAGUCUCGAAAUCAUCAACAAGAUCCGCGAUGCGUCCUCUUCUUCUUCUUCAAGAAGCGGCCUGACCUUCAUCGACGCACCGAUCUCGGGAGGUCCGUUGGGUGCCAAAGCGGGUACUCUCACCGUCAUGGUCGGUUGUGAAGAGUCCAUUUUCCCCGUCGUCAAACCGUUGCUCGAGUACAUGGGGACGAGUAUCCGGAGGUGCGGCGAGGUCGGGUCCGGGACCGCCUUCAAGACCAUCAACAAUUACAUGUCCAUCACGCAGGUUUUGGUCGCCAGUGAAGCUCUCAACAUCGGUGCGAAGUUGAACCUCGACAUGAAGGAUCUGAUCGACACGAUCAAUUCCAGCAGCGGUCAGAGCUGGAUCACGUCCAAGAACAACCCCGUGCCUGGGAUCACCCCCGGGGGCGCCGCCAGCAACGGGUACAACGGUGGGUUCCGGUUGGAGCUCGGCCAGAAGGACCUCAAGUUGGGCGUGAGGUUGGCGGAGAUGGCUGGGGCGAAACCUCUACUCUCUUUAGAAACCCUAAAGGUCCUCGAUCAAGUCUCGAGUGAUCCCAGGUACGCAGGCAAGGAUUUGAGGGUCGUGUACAAGUGGUUGAACGAGCAAUAGUUGGGAUUGCCACGGUAGGUAACACAUGCAAAAGGAUACUUGGUUGUGACGAGGAAAAUAAUCGACAUCAUUGCAGUAGGAACC